CUCUGCUUCACUCUAUAAACCAAAACGGAUUACCCCUCUUACGCCAUUGUUGAGCACGAUCCCCGAGCUUGAAGCACAGUAUUAAACGGUGUAAAUUCAACAAAUACGCCAGACAUGAAUGCCCUAGUGAAUGAAUUCAUAAUCAAGCUGAAGAAACGGAAAAUUGAGGGGUCGAAGACAACAGCGAAAUUGACAGCGGAAGUGUUACGCUCAUGCAUAUCGCAGCAGAGACUUCCUCAAACUAACCAGGCUGCUGCUCUUAUUGAUGCAAUCAGAGGUAUUGGGGAAAAGUUGAUUGCUGCUAAUCCAGUAGAGCUUGCCGUCGGUAACAUUGUUAGGCGAGUUCUUAACAUUAUAAGGGAGGAGGAUGUAUCUUUGACAGCUGCUGCUGUUGGUGGGUUGGGUAUAUCGGCUGGAAGUGAUGAUGAAGAUGAUGUCAAGCAAGAUGAUCAUCAAGGUUUAUCUGCCGCAGCUGUGGCUGCUGCUGCUAGAAACACCUUGAGACCACCUUCCUUGCAGACCCUCCUUGAAGACAUCCCACAAUCAACAGCUGUACCUCGAACAUCUUCUUCUGGUGGUGAUUCUGAAGGAAAAAGCAAAUCUGCUGAUAAGAAUUCAACGAGCAAGAAACUAAAACAUAAUGUCAUUGAGGCUGUUAAUGAACUUAUUCAAGAUAUUGCUACUUGCCAUGAACAGAUUGCUGAACAAGCAGUUGAGCAUAUUCAUCACAAUGAGGUAAUCUUAACUUUAGGCAAUUCAAGGACUGUGAUGGAAUUUCUAUGUGCUGCAAAGGAAAAGAAGAGAUCUUUCCGGGUUUUUGUGGCUGAGGGUGCCCCAAGGUAUCAGGGGCAUGCCCUUGCAAAAGAAUUGGUUGCAAGGGGUCUGCAGACCACAGUGAUCACUGAUUCUGCUGUUUUUGCAAUCAUCUCAAGAGUGAACAUGGUGGUUGUUGGAGCUCACACUGUCAUGGCCAAUGGUGGGGUUAUUGCGCCUGUUGGAAUGAACAUGGUGGCUCUAGCAGCUCAGAGGCACGCUGUUCCCUUUGUUGUUCUUGCAGGCACUCACAAGUUAUGUCCUUUGUAUCCACACAAUCCAGAAGUCUUGCUGAAUGAAUUGAAAUCACCAGCUGAGCUACUGGACUUUGGAGAAUUCUCAGAUUGCCUGGAUUUUGGGAGCAGCUCUGGUUCCCCUCUACUUCAUGUUGUUAAUCCCGCAUUUGAUUAUGUGCCACCAAAUCUUGUUAGUUUGUUUAUAACAGACACGGGUGGACAUAAUGCUUCAUUCAUGUACCGGCUCAUAGCUGACUAUUAUUCUGCUGAUGAUAUUGUGGUGAAACAGAAAUCGAUCUCUUGAAAUAGUAUCAAGCUUCAGCUGUUCUAUAAAUAUUAGUGAGGUAACUCAUUCAGCUGAACCUUAAACAAGCUGCAGGAGUGCUUUCCUGGAUUUAUUACAAGUACAUGAUACAACCAUAUUCUUCUAUCAAACGUCUACCCAGAUGUUCCUGUAAAGACACCUUGAACAACUGACGUUAUAGUCAAUAGCACAGGUUCAGUGGUCAUUGUCCAAGAGGCUACACUUACAUUGUACUGACUGCAAUAAACAGAUGAAGAGAACUACCAAUCUUGGAGUGUAGAUUGAUUCUGGAGAUUAGAUUUGUGCUUAAAUUUUGUGCUUUGGGAUUAUAUAUGACACUUUUU